UCAGUUGCCUCACAUCACACCACACUAGCUGAUUAGCUUAAGCUUAGCUGAGAUUGAUCAAGGCGAGAGGAUUAAUUUGGUUUAAUUUCUUGCAAAUGAGGCCGGCUGGAGCGGCUGACAUGGCGAUGGGCGGGAUCGGCGGCGCGGCGGCGUCGACGUCGUCGGUGCCGGCGAUGCCGGCGGCGGUGGCGCCGCCGCCGUUCUGGUCGACGCCGACGCCGUACCUGUUCAUCGGGUUCGGGGUGGUGAUGGCGCUCAUCGCGGUGGCGCUCGCCGUGCUGCUGUGCACGCGGCGGAAGGACGGGGGGCGCGGCGUCGGCGGCGAGGAGCGCGGCGACGUCGUCGUCCCGCCGGGGAUGAUGUCGGUGCGCGUGCUGGCGCCGCUGGACAGGGAGGCGCCGCCCAGGGUGGUGGUCGUGAUGGCCGGCGACGACUCGCCGUCGUUCCUCGCCAGCGCCACCCCGCUCGCCUUCGCCGCCGCCGCCGCCACCGGCGUGCCACUCGCGCCAGCACCAAAGGUGGUGGCCCCGCCGCAGCCGUAAUACGUACGCCGGCGUCAAGAACGGCGCCGCCGUGUAGUGGCUCGCCGGCGCCGCCAUGCGUGGAUGUUUCAAGCUACAUGUGAUCAAGGAGCUAACGAUUUUGUCAGAGUUUUCUCCUAUUAAUUUCACGGCAUAUGAAGCAAUGCUAAUUGCUACCUGCAAAUAUAUAUGCUAAUCUUGUAACAUAAUUUCCUGCUAAUGAGAGGAUGAAUUACCGGAUCUUAAUUUUUUUUCUAAUUAGCUACUGUUUUGUGAA